AUAUAACAUCAGCAAUCAACUGCGCAAAGGCGCCGUGCCAGAAUUGGAAAAGGAUUUUUUAAGGAGAGGAAGAACAAUCAAUCAAAAUGAGUCACCUCGCGUCCACCGCCGCCAGCAGUUCCUGGCGGGACUAUUGUGCGGUCGAGGAGAAAUAUGAGAGUGCACAACUCCCCCUCCCCCUCAUUUGCAUUGCACGAACAACAAUACAAACACCAGCACGCGUGGGGCCAGUGCAUGAUAAUUAUUCAUGAGGCAAAAAAGUUGGUGUGGGCAAAUUUCGAGAGUGUGAGGCAAAUUUCGAGAGUGUGAGGCAAAAAAGUUGGUGUAGUUGGCGAGUUGGUAUAGUGGCCGGGAGAUGAUGGCGAUGGCAUUUCGGUGUCCGCCUGACCCACCUUCCCUGCGUGACAGCCAUCUGCGGCCGUUUGCACAGGGGGAGGCAAAGUGUGUCGCACUUCUGUUUAGCAUGACAAUUAUUCAUGCGCCGAGUGUAGUACUAUUCUGGCUUCCGGAGUCUGUGAUGCAUAAUAGUGACGCAGGGGAGCAAUUGGACUUGUGGAUUUUGCAUGAGAAAUGGGAACGAGGGGGAGUUGUGCACUGUCAUAAGAAACUCGCUCUCUCGGAAACCAAAGUACGGGAAUUAGAAAUCGAGUUGCGGGAAAGCAAGAUGCAGCACGAGCAGGAGCAGGCGAGUUUGUAUCCCAAGUAUACAACGUACCGCCACGAUAGUCAAGAAGGAUAAGGACACUACCCUGCAAGACAAAGCACAAGCUUUGGGAAAUAAUUUGCAUGGUAUGACUUCACAGCGUAGAAGAUUUGUAAAUGCCUUUGCAUUUUUUACAGAAACCUUCCGGCUCGGUCGUUGCGGGUACGUUUUUAGACAGAAUAGUUCGCAACGCGAGGUGAGGACACUGAGGCACACACUGGGUAUACUGUAUGUAAUUUUCAUUCAUGUCAGACAGUUCUAAGUUUUUCUUGUCGUAGAUGUCGGAUAAGAUAGGAUUUUGGAUGCACUGUCGGGCGGUUCUUAAGUUUUGGGUCGCGUGUAAGUACUAGCUCUACCGCGACAGCGGUUCUGCAGCUUCGAAGGAUGAUGUAAGUAGACUACUCCUUAUGAAGAAGUAGAAGUCCUCUCCCUACUUCAUCCGCCAACACUUGUUCUAGGUUGCCGCAAUUCGGAGGAAGCGUACCGCGUCACGGAUAUCAAAGGGAAAAAUCCCCUCUCCCCAUAUCGAAACGAAGUUUCUGAUGCUGAAUUUGCGUACACAAAUCAGGUCUGUCUUGCUGGAGAGGACUGCAGGCAUAUGCCAAGCCUGAGGCCGCGAGAGGUUUUGACGUAGGCGACUAGCAUGACAGAUGUCUAUGCUGUAAGCCCAACAGCAUCACAAACCGCCUGAAUAAUGCGGCGGACUCUCUGGCUUCGCCUUCUUGCAAGACAGACAGGACUUGUGGCCACGAAUCUGCGUCACAAAUCGGCAGCCGGAUGCGUUGUGAAUAUGGGGAGGCGGGAUUUUUCGUCAGAAUAACGGACCUCCGCGAUGAGAUCACGAACUUGGAGCGGCGGAACUUCGAGUUGCGCAUGCAGAAGGAAUAUCAACUGCAAAUACCUUUCUGGGUCUGGAAGAGUGCUAGUUUGUCAUGCUUGUCUGGUAUGACUCGAGAAUCUGUGUUGCAUAGGGACGAAAAGCAGGCCCUCUUACCUGUCAUGCAAAACGUAGUUUGCCAUGCGGAAUACGAAUAAUAGAUACGUAACACAUGGCAGCCAAAAAAUUUGUGAUGCAUAGCUGCGUUUUGCAGUGCCCGUCUAUCAUUCACUUUUAGUAUUACAAGUUUCCAGACCCAGACAUAUUUGCAAUUCAUAAGGAGGCCCUGGAAUCCGAGUGCGUGGACUACUUGGCAAGACUGGAAGUUUCGGAGGAGGAACGUGCGAAAUUCGACGGCAUGCACGAAGACAUCGAAGCCGAAUUUGUGGAAUUGUGGCAGGAGAAGUGCGAGGAUGUGAAGGCCUUGCAGCACGACAAAAGACGGUUGCAGGUUUUCAUUUGGCAUACAAUUUUUUAUUUUUUUGAUUCGUGUCGAAUUGGAAUUACAAUUAGGUGUCGGAAGAAGAAGAAUUGUAGAUCUAGAGCCGCAGUGACAGUAUACGUCGAACCCCUUGCAGCUCGGUAGGCGCUACGGUUGUUGAACGACGGAGUGCGACCUACUUGUGAAGAUGCGUCAACAUGUACACAAUUCUUGCAGUAUGAAGAUGAAACAAAUUUGUGAUGGUGCAAAAAUAAAGCAUGUUUAAAUUCAAAAAAAAACAGGACAAAGUGUUUGCAGCGGAGACCGCCCAGGAGAAGCAGUUGUUAGAACAGAGUCUCUAUCCACUGCAAAUAAUGUGUCCGUGUUUGAAAGACUGGUUCAGAAGUUUGUCAUGCAGACUUUUCUUGCCCCACGAGGAGUGGGAUGCAGGGCAAAGCAUCACAGGUUUUUUUGUACAGGCUUCGCAAAAAUGAUAAAUUACUUCUUUCGCAUGAGAUAUACCGUCUCAGCAUGGCCGAAAAUGGGCAACAUCGAGUGCUGCCCGCGCAGGACAAAUUUUUGUGCGAGGUACGGGGCGCUGCAGCACAAGGUGCAACUUUCCUUGAGACCCAGACUGGUAUAAUUUGCAAUGGAUAGCUUCGAAGCGUCCGAGGACCUCGCGAAACUUCGGGAGCAGUACUCGCUGAAAUUCGACUAUUUGGAGAAGCAGCUGGUAGAAGUCACGGAGGCGAAACAGGAGCUCGAACUCUCCUUGGUCGACGCGAAUAUGCAUCGCAAAAGUAUCGCUCGCUGCAGUAAUUGCAUAAUACUAAUUUGCUCAGCAAAUUGAAUGGCAAAUGGAGUUUUUCAUGCUGAUUCAGUUAAGGAAAGUGAUGAUUCGGUCGUGCAGUGUUUGCAACUAGUACUACGAGUUCGAAGAUACUUGUUUUGCAGAGGAUAGGGAAUAUCAAAAUGAAAAAUCCGCCCUUCCCAUAUUCAAACGGAGAUUUGUGUAGCGUGAUUUGUGAUCACAUCAAAUCAUGGCGUCAUGCUAGAAGGGAAGUAGAGAUGCGGCCUGUAUUGCUUGUUGGCCGCGUGCUGGGAAACCCCUUCCGUUUUCAGGAUGACCGGAAGCAACUGGAAGCAGGAAACAGCAUUACAAAGUUCCUGCAUUCGGGGCCGGAACUGCGUGGCUUGGCCUUCUAGCAAUACAAGUCGAGGACUUGUGGACGCAAAUACACAAAUACAGCAUCACACGUUUCCUUUUUGAUUUUGGGACGGGGGAUUUUUCCUCACAAUAAAGAAAGCAGAGAAACAACUGGCGCAGGACGAAGCACGACAGAAUAAGCUGAUGGCUGAGGAACAGGUUCGUGGACUUUUGGUAGAUUUCCCAUGCCAAACACGACCAAGUAGAGAGCUAGGCAGACCAUUCGCAUUGUGCAUAUAGAAAUUGCAGUUCACAAUUCCAAAAAAUGCAUUAUGCAGGCUGACGAGAAUAUGCAGCUGAAGAACCUUUUGUACGAAGAGCGCGACCGGCGAAUGCAGGUUGUGGAAGAACUGAAGGAAGAAUACAACGCGAUUAUGAAGUCGCGGGCCAGCCAAUACCUGCAGGACAUGGAUGUUUUUUCCAAAAUUCAGGUACAGAUAAAAGAUGUCCACAAAUAAUUUUGGCUCAUGUCAUGCAAAAAAAAGAAAUGUCCAUGAGAAAGAGUACUAGAUGCUGAUGCCUCAAGAUCUUCGUUCCACGACCAUUUCACAUGAUCACGACCAUCUUCGAGGAGCUAGAGCUCGCUGCUGUGAGCCGCUACAAUUUGUUCACAUCAAUGUACGUGAUGUUCUAUUCAGGAUCGGCUGAUGAAGGACUUGACCACCGAGCGGCUCGAAUCCGAUCAAAAAUUGCUGCACAUCACAGACUAUCAAUUGCAAAAGUAUAAUUCUCGUACUAGUACUAAUUGCAAUAGUACAAUAAAGUUUCUCAGCAUGAGGAAGGGAAUGCGGAUUCAUCAGCUUAACAACAAAGAGACUUGUAUUAAUGCAUAAACGCAAUUAGUACUACGAGUGCGAAGAUCAUCCUUUUGCACUGGAUACGGACCGCGUGAAGUUAGAGCAGGAUGUAAUGGAGCAGAAGAAGGAUCAACUGGAGCGGGAGGAAGUCGGAUUAAACAUUGCGGUGCAAACACUGUACUCGUCGCUGCUAAACUUGCUGAAGAAAUACUCGUCCUCCACCGCAACCAUCGCGGGAGGCUUGCUCCUGGCGAAGAAUCUCAGCUCUUCCUCCACUUCCGCGGCUUCCUCCUCCGCGGUGUCUUCCUCGUCUGCGACCACCGACGGCGAGGAAGAGUCCGACUUCGACAUUAGCAAGGAACAGUUUGCGCGAACGUUGUCGGCCCUGACGGAGGACGAUCUGGACGACACCGCGACCGUGAUUGAAAAUCUAUCAAAAGGAAACAUCCGUGCUCCUCCCAUAAUAUUAAAGCGGAACUCUGCGAUGCGGGACCUGUGACUACAGAAAUCAAAUUUGUGUUGCAGUCGAGGACUGCACGCAGAGCGCAAGCGUAGGCUUCAUGGUGUAGGCGCCUAGCAUGGCAGACGUCUGCCCUGCAGGCCUUACAGCAUUACAAAUCGCCUGCGCAAGAACGUGGCGGAAGUGCGCCUUCUUGCAAGACAGAUUACAAAUCUGCUUCACAAAUGCCCAGGCUGAUGCGUUUUCAAUAUGGGGAUGAGGAGGGACUUUUCCUUGCAAUAAAAUCUACGGUCCGUAGUGGUUCCAAGGAUUUCGCAGAUGGUAGAAUAAUUGCACUGUUCCUUCUACUAGCGAACGGUGGUGAACUUUUUUACGGAAACUUUAACUUAACUUGCAGAUUUACGUUGCUGGUCUUUUCGCGGAUGAUUCUUGCAGCAAGAGUAUUUAUUAAAUCGAAAAAAAUAAAACCACGACAGCUCGAGUCCGCCAUCCAAAAGGAAAAUGUCAACACGGAGUUGGUGUGCGCCCGCGCCUGUCUCCAGGAACUGGAGGACGAAAACAGCAGUUUGCAGGACGAUAUGCAUUGCAAAUAUAUGUCUGGGCCUGGGCUGUAGGACGAUGGGUUGGAGUUUGUCAAAUGCUAGAUUUGGGUGACACAAAUACUUAAAAUCUGUUCGUGCGUAAGCAGCAAAAGCUGCCGCCUAUAAGUAAUUGGGCACCUCUCGGAGGAGACGGCAUUUCUCGUGCAGGAUACUACGCAUUCUGCUCCUGGAGCCUUCUCAAAACUUGUGAUGCUGCAGCUCGCAUACGCAUACGCAUGCCAGAAGUUCUAAUCUGUGCGAAAGGGAAACCUCCUGCGCCCUGCAAGACAAACCAAUCAAAUCUUGUUCCAGAGCUGGACGUAUAAUUUGCAAUUUUGAUACACGAGAAUUCCCUGCUCCAGCGGCAGAAUCUGGAGCUUGAUUUGGACAACCGGUCGCUGGAGCGACGAUUGGAACAGCUUUCGACGGGCGAAGACCUCUCCAACUCUUCGGCCAUCACCUCUUUUUCGGACCAAGUCGACGACUACGUGUUUCGCCAGCAAAUGAACGAGUUCAUGCUGCGCAAAGACGACAAAUUGGAGCCCGAGAGGACGAGCAGUAGCAGCACAACUACGCUGACCAGGAUGAAUCCCUACAACAACUCAAGGGGUGGUGGUGGGGCUGCAAGUCGAAGCGGCAACUACACGAUUGGAGCCAGCACCAGGAACUACAUCAACCCGGUCCCAGCGUUCACCACUAGGGCGGCGUCGAAGAACACCAUGACCGCUGCUGGGGUCGAAGAUGGUAGUGGUACUACUGCUUCCAAAACUGCUGGUACCUCGAUUCCGGCGAGCAACAACCCGUUCAGCAAGAACAGGAUUGGCGGUGUGGAAAUCGUGACGAAAAAAACGUCCCCGAAUGACGACGUGUCGACGACUAUCCUCGGUAAAAACGCCCCCUCGACGUCCUCUUCCCCGGCAUCAUUUUGCUUGUUCUUGCGCAUGUGUAGACAAGGUUCGAGUCGCAGCGGAACUGCGUGCGUAGCUAGUGCCCCGCUCUUAUGCUUAUCGCGUCGAUUAGAGCAUGGCAAAAUCUUCCCAGAUCUUCGCACUAGAAAACGUGCCGCAUGUAGUUGGGGCUGCUGCACAUGAUGAGAAGGAACAUUUUAGGGUUCUUCUCGCGGAUUUGCAUGCCAAAGCCAACUAGGGGGUCCUCGUGGGGACUGUUUUGCUCAGGAUGCCGACGCUCGAAGAAGAUGAGUACAGCUACUCGGCGAACGAUUCGAGCUCCUCGUGGGUGGAGAAGAAAUACGAACAAUUUCACCGGAAAAACAACUGGUAUUUUCAGGAAAAAACCCAUAUUAUCCCCAUCCAAUUUGCCAUGCAAAACAUUCAGCAUAGCCUCUAUUUGUCAUGCGAAACGUGGAUGUGAACAAUGGGUUUUUUGCUUUGCAUAUCUGGAUGGACCAACGCUACCACGGGUCGUUAAACAGUCGUGACCAGCACCACAUUGGGGUGUAUUGAGUAGUGUCCUUUACUAGCACUAUGAGCGUAUGUACACACGAAAGUUACUGUGAUUUCAAUUCGAGAAGAUCAUAUUGCGAACGAAUAGAACCGUUUUACUUUACAACAUUAUACUUUCAACAUUUCAACGUGUGCUUUAAUGCUUUAUUUGACCGCGAUUCAUCAUAGUUGAAGCGUGUCGCAGUCACAGUUACACCUUUAUUUCCAUGAUGCCAAUCUGCAGCUACAACGAACACCGUGCAUGUAGCUCGGGCAGGUUGUCAUGCAACGCAGCUAGCGAGAGUAUUUUUUUUGGUCUUUCAAGCCGACUUCGAGAUCGACAAGUUCGAGCAUAUUACCGAUAAAAGAAAGUCAAAAACGAACAAGUAUCUAGUACACAAGCUGCACUUCCAAAUAUCUAGAAGUUGUGCACUUAUUUCAGGUGUACUUCUUGACCUCGACAGUAUGAUCUAAACAUCAAGAGUUGUCGUGAAAAAAAUAUGUAGAAAUUCGCCAUUUUUUAUACGAAAAGCAUUUGGAGAAUUCAAUACGAAUGACCAUUUUAUGCAAUACCAUAGAGAUAGAGACCCAGACCUCACUUCCGCUAUAAUCACUCGCAGGAGUUGAUGCGGAAAUGAAAAUGUACGGACGUCGUCGAUGAUUAUUUUUUUGGUUAUACAACACGACGGAGACGGACUCAGCAACGAGAAGGAGGAAGGGGACACAUAGCGACCGCACGGCGCUGGGUCGG